AUGGGAACCACGAGGUCACCAGGGGACCCACGAGGCCACCAGGGGACCCACGAGGCCACCAGGGGGCCCCCACAUGGCCACCAGGGGGCCCCACAUGGCCACCAGGGGCCCCACGAGGCCACCAGGGAUCGCACAAGGCCACCAGGGGCCCCCACAUGGCCACCAGGGGGCCCCACAUGGCCACCAGGGAUCGCACAAGGCCACCAGGGGGCACACAUGUCCACCAGGGGACCCACGAGGCCACCAGGGGGCACCCACAUGGCCACCAGGGAUCGCACAAGGCCACCAGGGGGCACACAUGUCCACCAGGGGCCCCACGAGGCCACCAGGGAUCGCACAAGGCCACCAGGGGGCACACAUGUCCACCAGGGGACCCACGAGGCCACCAGGGGGCCCCCACAUGGCCACCAGGGGGCCCCCACAUGGCCACCAGGGAUCGCACAAGGUCACCAGGGGGCACACAUGUCCACCAGGGGACCCACGAGGCCACCAGGGGGCACCCACAUGGCCACCAGGGAUCGCACAAGGCCACCAGGGGGCACACAUGUCCACCAGGGGACCCACGAGGCCACCAGGGGGCCCCCACAUGGCCACCAGGGGGCCCCCACAUGGCCACCAGGGAUCGCACAAGGUCACCAGGGGGCACACAUGUCCACCAGGGGACCCACGAGGCCACCAGGGGGCCCCCACAUGGCCACCAGGGAUCGCACAAGGCCACCAGGGGGCACACAUGUCCACCAGGGGCCCCACGAGGCCACCAGGGAUCGCACAAGGCUACCAGGGGGCCCACCUGGCAAUAAGAGUGAAAAAGAAAGUGAAACUAGACGAAUACAGAUGUAA